AUGUUACCUCAUAAACCAACGGACAUACAGUUUUUAGAACCAGUGAAAUACCCUACCCAAAUAUUCAGUGCUCGUGCUUCAUUAUUUCAUACAGGAUAUCAGUGCCUACAAGUCAAGAAAACACAGUCAGAAGAUUUUGUGAUAUAUGCAGGGAGAAUCAACCUGAAGGCUGAUCGGUUCAAACUGAAGGAUCUCUCAACGGACUGGUUCAAAUGUUUGCUAUUCGUCAGCGGGUUACAGUCAUCCGCUGAUGCAGAAUUGCGCAAUCGUACGCUGUCGCAAACCGAAAAUUCCCCGGACCUGACUCUGCACAACAUAACAGAUGAAUGCCAACGGAUCCAAAACAUAGAAAUGGACUCCGCAUUGAUUGCGAAAGAUUCGGAAUACAAUAACGUGAAUCACUUACAAGUUUCACCGAAGAAACGGAAAGCAUGUAAUACACCAACGAAGGCCAAGUCUAGACCGUCCACAGCUCGCUGGAAAUGUGGUGACUGGCAUUUUGUGAAAUACGGUCCAUAA